GAAAUAGAAAACUUCUCCAUCUUCCUUUGCUCUGUCUCCUUUUCUAAGAACUGAAAUUUUAGAAAUAAAAAAUGCAUAAAAACUCACAGAUUUCUCUUCUCAAAUUGCUCCUAAGAUACCCUUUUCAACGUUCUACAAAACCCAUAUUUCCAUUUCCUCUUAAAUCACACACACCAUCCACUCCAACUCCACUAUUACCCAACUCACUCAUACCUAAAAAUCUUCACUCUGUAGCCUACCCACUUCGCCAACACCUCAAUUCCUGGCCUCUAGCUCUCAGUUCUCCGAGACAUCUCAGUACUGGGUCAGGAAAUGACUCAGUUCCCGAGUUGGAUGUUAAUAGAGAAGUGGAUAUGAUAAACCUUAAGUUUGCAGAAGCAAGAGAGGAGAUAGAGAUGGCAAUGGAGUCUAAAGAGACUGUUUAUUUCAACGAAGAAGCUGAGUGUGCACGGGAGGCGGUUAAGGAAGUUCUACAUAGGUUUGAAGGGUUAUUGAGUAAGCUGCCAGAUAGUGAAAAGGCAGCUUUGCAAAGGUCAAUGGGGCUUAAGAUUGAACAAUUGAAAGCUGAGCUCCAACAGUUGGAUGAUUGAUUUAUUGGGUAAUUGCAUUUUUCUUUUCAUGGGUUUUGGUUUUGAUGUGUUGUUCUUGAGGAUAUUUUAAAGUUGAUGUUAUAGGUUCAAAGAUGAUAUGGAUUCUUAAUGUAGUCUAUUGAAUAAUGGAUUAAGAGGAGUUCAUUUCUGA